GCCUCUAAUCACAGCCACCCAUCUUGAUCCUUAUCAUCUGCGGCAACUACUAAAGCAGCAUCUUUUAUCCAGUUAUCAUCACGCUUUUCAAGUCUACGCAUCGCAGAUCCCUGCGCCACCACCGAUGCCCCGCACAUACGGCAAGAAAAAGCAGACGCGGCUUGCCUUCGCUCCGGUAAGCUCCCCACCACCGAAAAGUGAGCAAGACUCAGAUGGUGAGACGGAUCGCCGGGCGAACUUGCGUUAUGCGCAUCCUUCCAAGCCAGUCUUACGGCGAGGUCGAUCUCAGCCUGACAAGAGCCCCUCGCCGAAACAUACCCCGGAAAAGACCUCUAAACCUGCUGAGGAUAGCGAAAGCGAUAUAGAUAUUGUCCGCAGUGUGCGCAAAACCCCACAGAAAGGAUCUCGGAAGCGCAAGAGAACAGACACAUCUAGUUCCGACUCUCCUCCCCCCGCCUCCCAGAAUGCCGCUGCCGCUGCCGCUGUCGCUGAAGAGAGCGACGCAGAUGAGGUAGUCCCCAUGUCUCGACGAAAACUGAGACGUGGUGUGGCCCCUAAAGCUGCCAUUGUGGUUGAAGAUGAUGGAUCAGAGGAGGAGCCGGUUCUCUCCUCUCCCAUAAAACGCAGGAGACUUAAUGUGAGCUCCGAUGUUCCACAAACGCCACGUCGAAAAGUAGGCCAGGAUGAACUAGAUAUAGAGGAGGACCUCGAGGCCUUGCAAGACUCAGUGGUUAAGGAUACCCGAACUCGAGGUCGAUUCGCGAACUCAGCACGGGCCCAGAGACAACAACACCUGGAAGCUCUACGUCGCCGGAGGGCAGGAAAGACACAAUCGGAUACAGAAAAGUCUAAAGGUGACUCUGAGGCAGCAAGGUCGAGCGAAAGUGAGGGUGAAGAUGAGGGUGAAGCUGAAAGUGACAAGGCGACUCCAAACCGGCCAAUCCGAUUCCGUGACCGGCAAGAAGACAGUGACGUUGAAUCUGCGAUUGCAAGCAAUGACGACCUGGACCGCUAUGAAGACGACUUUGUGCUAGAAGACGACGAUGAUACCCUGGGGGCGCCUACAGGGCUAGAAGACAUCCCCAUCGAGUUUUCCAGACAUGCCUACAAGCAACUCAAGGAUUAUUUUCAAGAUGCGGUCGAAUGGAUGGUGCACAAUCAGCUCAACCCAGCUUUCCCUCGCUCUGACCCCGUCUACGAAGUCGCAUUCAGCAAACUCGAAGAUGAAGUAAAGGGUCGUACCGGAUCACAGCUAGUCUCAUCGGUUUGGAACGCCAACUUUCGGAGAGCUCUCUUGGCCCGACCUCAGAUUGAGAUCACAACCUUCCCAACAAUAGAGAACCAUCCAUGCGAUGCCUGCAACCGCUCCGGACACCCGGCUUCGUUCGACAUCAAAUUAUACGGACGAGCCUACUCACUAGAGACACUCGAGCCGCUUUCCGACGACGACGACGAGGACGACAGCGAUGAGGAACGCGGCGAGGAACACGACGAUAAAGAAAGAGACCGAGACGGCCAUGUUUUACCAGACGAGAACACCCGAUUCUUUCUUGGACGCCACUGCAAAAACAAAGCCACAUUAGCCCACACACUAACCCACUGGCGAUUCCAUCUCAACGAGUGGGUUACCGGCUACCUCGAACACCAGGGCCACCUCUCCGACGCAGCAAUCGUUAAGCGCAAUAACUGGAGUCAAAAGCGGCAGAUCAAGAAAGCCGUCCGAGUAUUCGAAUCGAUGAUCGAGGACGGCGAAGUGAAGAAGCUCUGGCGUGAUUUUCACAUCAACCUGCGAACCGCCAGAGAAACCACGACUCUUGGGUAAUAGCUCCAACCCUUUUCUUGCACCUGUUGUGCAAUGUUCAGUUGCACAUAUUCAUGGGUUUCUGGACAGUCAGCCCUACUUCACAUAAUUCUCUACCUCGCCUUUACGCCAUUCUCAUUGUCCAUAUGGAUUUCAUUCCUGGGCUGUUUCUGUGAUGCUAUGAUACCCUAUUUCUUUCUGUUGUUAUUCUUCGGCUUCCCUUGCUUUCUUACUUCUAUCAUGAUAAGAAGGGUAUUAAGUUGGCCCCUACGGUUUAUUCUUAGUCUCGAAGUUAAUAAGUCUGAAGAUCAUUCACAUUUCAUUAUCUAGAAACAUGAG